AUGAACUGGUUCCACCUCUCCAUGAAGUCUGAGGGCAGCGCUACAAUUGUCCCCAUUUCACAGCCCAACAAAUUGAAGCUUGCUGGAGAGUUUUGUGACUUGCCCAAGGUCAUCCAGCUGCUAAGCACUUCCGCUGUGCGGGCUCAGAGCCACGGGGCGCGCCUGGGAGUUUCCAUCUGCACCAAUAGCCGCCACUUCUCUGGACUCCGGACUGCCGCCUACCGCACCCUGGGACCUGGAAUCCCCUACUCUAAGACGCAAGGACCACUCUUCCUGGAGCUCCGUUUCUCGGCUUUCGGACCCAGGCACACCAGUCCUCGGUUCCAGCACCCAGGACCCCCAGUGCUUCCCUACGUGAUGGCUGAUCAUCCCAAAGGAGACCCCAAAGGCUUAGCAGCGGCGGCGGAGACCAUCAGAAACAAUGUCUCCACGUUGGUCCCGGUGGAGAACGAAAACGUGGCGGUUGGCAGCUGCUGCCGUAGCCGAGACCAGGUGCGCCGCUGCCUGCGCGCCAACCUGCUGGUGCUGUUGACGGUGGUGGCCGUAGCGGCGGGUGUAGCGCUGGGACUGGGCUUGUCAAGGGCCGGCGGUGCUUUAGCGCUGGGCCCCGCGCGCCUGGUGGCCUUCGCCUUCCCAGGAGAGCUACUGCUCCGCUUGCUGAAGAUGAUCAUCCUGCCGCUGGUGGUUUGCAGCCUGGUCAGCGGCGCUGCCAGCCUGGACCCGAGUGCGCUUGGGCGCCUGGGCGCCUGGGCUCUGCUCUUUUUCUUGGUCACCACGCUGUUCGCGUCGGCCCUCGGCGUGGGCUUAGCGCUAGCGCUGAAGCCGGGUGCCGGCUUCGCGGCCAUCAACACCUCGGUCACCCUGGAAGAUAGCAAAGCGACUCCCAGCAAGGAGGUGGUGGAUUCAUUCCUGGAUCUUGUGAGAAAUAUCUUCCCCUCCAACCUGGUGUCUGCAGCCUUCCGCUCAUAUGCUACCUCCUAUGAAAUGAAAUCGGUCCCUGGAAUCUACAACAGUACCCUGGUGAAGGUGCCCGUGGGGGAUGAGGUGGAAGGCAUGAAUAUCCUGGGCCUGGUGGUGUUUGCCAUCAUCUUUGGUGUGGCCCUUCGGAAGCUGGGGCCUGAUGGUGAGCUACUCAUCCAGUUCUUCAACUCCUUCAACGACGCCACCAUGGUACUGGUCUCCUGGAUCAUGUGGUAUGCCCCUGUGGGCAUCAUGUUCCUGGUGGCCGGCAAGAUCGUGGAGAUGGAGGACGUGGGGACUCUCUUCGCCAGUCUGGGCAAAUACAUCUUGUGCUGUUUGCUGGGCCAUGCCAUUCAUGGGUUGCUGGUGCUGCCCCUCAUAUACUUCCUCUUUACCCGCAAGAACCCUUACCAAUUCCUGUGGGGCAUCAUGACCCCGCUGGCCACCGCCUUCGGGACCUCCUCCAGCUCAGCCACACUACCACUGAUGAUGAAGUGCAUUGAGGAGAAGAAUGGGGUGUCCAAGCAAAUCAGCCGCUUCAUCCUGCCCAUUGGCGCCACGGUCAACAUGGACGGGGCGGCUCUCUUCCAGUGCGUGGCUGCGGUGUUCAUUGCUCAGCUCAAUCAGCACUCCCUGGACUUAGUCAAAGUCAUUACCAUCUUGGUGACCGCCACAGCAUCGAGUGUGGGGGCAGCGGGUAUCCCAGCAGGAGGCGUCCUAACGCUGGCCAUCAUCCUUGAAGCAGUCAGCUUACCUGUUAAUGAUAUCUCCUUGAUCCUGGCUGUGGAUUGGCUAGUGGACCGGUCAUGUACCAUCCUCAACGUGGAAGGCGAUGCCUUUGGUGCGGGACUCCUCCAAAAUUAUGUGGACCGCUCAAAGUUGAAGAGCUCGGUGCCUGUGCUGACCCACAUCAAGAAAGAGACACCCAUUACUCAGCUGCCGGCCCCCUGUGAGGAAGGGAACCCCCUCCUUAAAUCCCAUCCAAACCCCACUGGGAACGCUGGCACCUUGGAGAAGGAAUCGGUCAUGUGA